AUGAGACCUCGUAUCAAAGAUGCCUCAGACAAACUCCGACCUAACCGAGCCUCCUUCGACGACGACGGCGAAGCAAAGUUUCACCGGAAACACCCGCCGCCUCUCAGGACCAUGUUCGGUCGCUGGCGGAAAUGGACUGUGCUCGUGGCGGCGAUCUGGAUCCAGGCAUCGACGGGGACUAACUUCGAUUUCUCGGCUUACUCCUCCCAUCUCAAAUCAGUACUCGGGAUCUCUCAGGUCAGGUUGAAUUACCUCGCGGUGGCUUCCGAUUUGGGAAAAGCGUUCGGGUGGUCGUCGGGGAUCGCUCUAGGUUAUCUCCCUCUCUCCGUCGUUCUUUUUGCGGCGGCGGGUAUGGGCUUUGUUGGCUAUGGUGUUCAAUGGCUUGUCAUCACCAACAUCAUCACUCUCCCUUAUUUUCUGGUAUUCUUCUGCUGCUUAUUGGCUGGAUUAAGCAUAUGUUGGUUCAACACAGCAUGUUUCAUCCUCUGCAUCCGCCAUUUCCCGACCAAUCGAGCUCUCGCGUUAUCUCUUACGGUAAGUUUCAAUGGAAUCAGUGCAGCCUUAUACUCCCUCGCUUUCAAUGCAAUUAACCCGCCGUCCUCAAAUCUAUACCUUCUGCUCAACUCACUGGUUCCACUUGUGGUUUCCUUUGCUGCCCUUUUCCCAGUUCUUACUAAACCAUCUCUAGACUCUACACCAGACAACGAAUCACGACGACAUGACUCCCGUGUGUUUGCCAUUAUGAAUGUCUUAGCCGUCAUGACCAGCUUCCACCUUCUCCUGUCUAGUUCGAGCACCUAUGUGGUGGCUACAUCAGCUCGUUUCCAUUUUCUUGGAGCUAUAGUCCUUCUGGUUUUCCCCUUGUGUGCUCCUCUUCUCGUUUAUGCUCAGGAUUACUUUCUUCCUGCCAUUAACCAUCGUUUAAACAACGACCGCUCUGGCUAUGUUAUGCUUAACAUAGAUGAGCACAAACCCGGGUAUGAACAUAUGGGGACUGCAAGUCAGAAGAACGUGAAGGAAGGGAACAUAGUGAGACUCGGUGAUGAACAUUCCUUUCGAUUGCUCAUAAGUAGACUGGAGUUUUGGUUAUACUACAUUGCUUAUUUCUGUGGUGGCACGAUUGGCCUUGUUUAUAGCAACAAUUUGGGACAGAUUGCUCAGUCUUUGGGACAAAGCUCGACAACCCUCGUCACGAUCUACUCUUCAUUCUCCUUCUUUGGUCGAUUGCUCUCUGCCGCACCAGAUUUUAUGCACAAGAGAUUUCGUUUGACAAGAACCGGCUGGUUUGCAAUCGCACUCUUGCCAACUCCUAUCGCUUUCUUUUUACUAGCGAUAUCAUCCUUACAGCAACUGCAGACCGCAACUGCCUUGAUCGGUCUAAGCUCGGGUUUCAUAUUUGCAGCUGCUGUCUCCAUAACAUCUGAUCUCUUUGGACCCAAUAGCGUAGGUGUUAACCACAACAUUCUCAUCACAAACAUACCCAUCGGCUCGCUCUUAUACGGUUUCGUCGCUGCGUCCAUUUACGAAGCCAACGCAAGCCCUGAGAUAAGACACGUCGUGUCUGACUCGGUCGUUUGCAUUGGAAGAGACUGCUACUUCAAAACGUUUGUGUUUUGGGGUUACUUGUCGUUUCUUGGCCUCGCUUCAAGUCUGUUGCUGUACGUGAGAACCAAACCGGUUUAUCACCGGCUCGAACAAGACCGGGUUUCCGUAACAUCAUCGUACAAGGAGCUUGAUCCAUUGUGAAUCAAAUUGUAACAAAGAAACCACAAAUCUUUCUCUCUUUUUUUAGGCCACAGGAAGAUUAAUAGUGAAACAAAUUAAAGCUA